AUGUCUUUAUAAACUGUAAUACUGUAUAAUAAUCUCAACAUUCAGUUAGAAAUUAUUAACAAUAGCUCUAACAAUAAGAGAGAGAGAGAGAGACUAACUGUAACAUGUGGUCGGCUAUAACCGCAAAAUACGGCCGACAAUGGACUUCAACAGUCGUCAAAAGAUACCGAAGUCUAACCGCUUACGAUAUCAGCCGAAUGCGCGACCUGUUGGGCGAUACAAACGUCAAGACCGAUGACUUGGACUCGUUCAACACGGAUUGGUUGCACACACACAAAGGUCGGUCACAGUUAGUGUUAGAGCCCAAUACUACCCGACAAGUGUCGCAAGUAAUGGCUUAUUUGAACGACCAGUCGUUGCCGUGUGUAAUACAAUCGGGAAACACGUCGCUAGUGGCCGGCAGUGUACCGUUUGAUGACGAGAUUAUCAUUUCGAUGGCCAAAAUGCGUCAAAUAAUAUCGUUUGACGAAACAUCCGGAAUAUUGGUUACCGAAUCGGGUGUCGUUUUGCAAACACUCGAAGACUAUGUCAACGAAAGAGGUUAUAUAAUGCCAUACGAUUUGGGAGCUAAAGGUUCGUGUCUUAUUGGCGGCAAUCUGGCCACCAAUGCCGGUGGACUGCGUUUCAUACGGUAUGGCUCAUUGCACGGCAGCGUCUUAGGCGUGGAAGUGGUCUUACCUGACGGCCGAUUGUUGGAUCUAAUGAGUUGUAUGCGUAAAGACAACACGGGUUACGAUCUUAAACAACUGUUUAUCGGAUCAGAGGGAACUCUGGGUGUGAUAACCAAAGUUUCGAUACAAUGUCCGCUCAAACUUCGACACCAAACCGUUGCUCUCGUGGCGGUCAAUAGUUUUGACGAUUUGCUAAAAAUCUAUCACAAGAUUCGCUGCGAUUUAACCGAAUAUCUGACAACAUUCGAGAUGAUGGACGACAUAGCCAUGGAUGCGGUCGUCACUAAUCUGAAGCAAACACAUCCACUCAAUGGUAACAGUAGUCCAUUCUAUGUGAUGUUCAAACUCGCGGCCAAUGAUUGCGAACAUAUGGAGAAGCGUUUGGCUCAAGUAAUAGAACAGUUGAUGGAUAAACAAUUGAUUAGUGACGGCACUUAUGUUAGUGAUGACAAUCUUCAGCGAUUCCAGAAACUCAAGUCCUAUAGAGAACGUAUAGCCGAAGGACUUCUAGUCGACGGGUAUUCAUAUAAAUACGAUAUAUCGUUACCGUUGAAUGUCUUCUACGAAAUUGUUAAUGUCAUGAAAGAUAGACUAAAGACUACCAAAUGCUUAAGAGUUUGCGGUUACGGACAUAUAGGCGACUCAAAUCUUCAUUUAAAUAUGACAUCCAAAGUGUUUGACACCGACAUCAAGAGUCAAAUCGAACCGUUUCUCUAUGAAUACAUUGCCAAACAUAAGGGCAGUAUAUCUGCUGAACACGGAUUGGGACUAAUGAAGAACCGGUAUCUGAGUUAUUCAAAGCCAGCGGAGGCCAUAUCGAUGAUGAAAGAUAUUAAACGAUUGAUUGAUCCGAAAAAUAUAUUAAAUCCCAACAAAAUGUUGCCACCAAUUAACUAGUCUUACCGUUAAUUUUUAUGAUAUAUAUUUUUUUGUUGUUGAAAAACUGUGAU